AUGGACGCCUCGCACCGGGCGGCGAAGCUGGCGGCCUCCAGCCACCAUACCCCGGUUGAUCCCAACAGUGGGGCGCGGGUCGCCCAGUACGAAACGGAAAAUCUCAUAGAGGCCCUGGCGGCGGCGGCGGAGGAGGAGGCGGCGGCGGAGGAGGAGCAGGGGAAGGCGGUGCCGUCGGCGCGGGCGUCGGCUGAUUUUAAUACCAACUCUUCUGGCACGGAUGAACAUGCACGUAUGAGCCUAGAGGACAUGGUGAACUUUUCUGACAUAUACCACUCUAAUGCAGAGUAUUUCAGGAAACUAGAAGAGCUGAAGGCUGCCCAUGUGGAAACUAUGGCAAAGUUAGAGAAAAUGUACCAGAAUAAAUUAAAUUUAAAGGGAGUUCAGCCAGUGAUCAUCAGAGAAAAUGCUCCUAGUGUCUCCUCCAGAUCUGUAUCAGAAAAAGACUCGUACCCCCCUGUCUCUUUAAUGUCAUCGCUUUCGGAGCCCGAUUUAGGCCGGUCUUCCUCCUUAUAUGCAUCUUCCUCUGAGGAUGAGAUGUCCAACCUAGAAAAAGAUUAUCCCGGGAAAAGCAGGAUGAUGACCUAUGCCAAGGAGCUCAUCAACAACAUGUGGAAAAACUUUUCUGUUGAGGAUUAUAUUCAGUCUGAUGAUGCUGACUUCCCAUCAAUUGAAAAAAGAAGGAAGAAACCAAAAGAAUGGGUGCCAAAGAUUACAGUACCUGAGCCUUUUCAAAUGAUGAUUAGAGAGCAAAAGAAAAGAGAAGAGAACAUGAAAUCCAAGUCAAACAUUGAAAUGGUACACAAACUAUUGAAAAAGGAAGAAGAAGAUGCAGAAUGUCGGAAGAAAUUCCAAGCCAGUCCUGUUCCUGCGUAUGUCUUUCUUCCCCUUUAUCAUGAGAUAGUCAAGCAAAAUGAAGAGCGGAGGAGAGCCGCAAAGGAGAAGAGCAAAGAAGCUCUUUUGGCCUCACAAAAGCCAUUUAAGUUUAUUGCAAGGGAGGAACAGAAGCAAGCAGCCCGGAAAAAGCUAAGAGACUUUUUUAAGCCUAGAAAGAAAACAAAUAGAUUUAAAGCCAGGCCUAUACCUCGAUCUACUUAUGGUCCAACGGCCAGUGACAGAGUCAAAGAAGAAGAGCUGAUCAGAAGCAUUAGGACGCAGCUGAGGGCCCAGAAGCUUCCACAGAAUUCAUCCCUUCAGCCGUCUAAGCCGGCUCACAGAAGCCUGGCUACAGGGAAACUCAAGUGUCCUGAAAAGGUGAAGUGUAAGUGCAAGGUCAAAUGUCACACUCCUGGUGUUGAAAACCUUCCUGAGAAAUGUCAGAAACACCUCGUAGAAGAUAAGUGUUCAGAACUCUUAACAGCCUGUGAACCAUUCGAUCUUCAUGCAUCCUCAUCCUCUAAAAGAGAGAAAAUUUUGGCAGACAUUAAAGCAGAUGAAGAAAAUUUAAAAGAAACACGUUGGCCUUAUCUGUCUCCAAGGCACAAGUCACCAGUAAGAACUGCAAGUUCAAAGCCUGUGCCUUGUAACUGCAACCCUCCAAGGCCCACAGUGUCUUCCAGAGAAAGAGAACAAGCCAUCAGGAGAUCACUUGAGGAAAAGAAAAUGUUGGAACAAGAGAGAAAUCGGCUCCUAACUAAGCAGAAGCAAAGAUUGAAAGACUUGCAGAAACUACUGACAACCCGGGCUAAGGCUUAUGACUCGCAUGAAAGUUUAGCUCAGAUGUCUAAAUGCAGAAUAAAAUCUCUCAGAAGGAGUGAAAAGGAAAGGAUGAGAGAAUACCGACAAGAACUAGAAGAAAGAGAAGAAAAACUAAAAAAGAGGCCUCUACUGUUUGAAAGAGUUGCUCAGAAAAAUGCAAGAAUGGCAGCAGAAAAGCAUUAUUCUAACACCCUAAAAGCACUAGGAAUAUGUGAUGAGUUUGUUUCAAAGAAAGGCCAGAGUGGAAACAUACUUGAGUACUUCAGCGAUCAAGAGAUGAAGAGGUUCGCUGAAGAUAAAGAAAGCUUUAAUGAAGAAAAAAUAGAAGAAAGAGAGAAUGGGGAAGAAAAUUAUUGUAUUGAUGCCAACAGCCAGGAUUCUUGCCAGGAAAAAGAUGAAAUCAAUGAAGAAAGUGGGGAAGAGACUUCUGUUGAAGAAUAA